GGGGACUGCACCUGAGGCCAGGGCGCGAGCUCAGGCCCAGACUUUGGGAGGACGUGGGAAGUGGUGGAGGGAGGGUACGUGCAUCGGCGGUUCGGUUUUUCCCUCCGCCUCUCUACUGCCAGGGGCCAGGGUGAGAGGGCAACCAGCCACUGGCGUCCCCAUCCCGAUUUCCCACCAGCCGGUGACUGGACGCUUUGCAGCCUCCUCCGGCGGCUGAGGGUGUGACCCGGGGAGGGGGCCGCGGCGCCGCGGGCUCCCCCUGCGGCCGCCCCCUCACUUACACACAGACACACACGCUCCGCCGCCCGAGCUGUCACCGGCCACCCCAGGCCCGAAGAGGGGGCGCGGAGAACCGCGCUGCGGGGCUCAGGCGCGGAAUCAUCCCGCCGUUACUUCCCGGCUUCCAAGUCUGCAGCCGUCAACGCCGGGGAGACCAGCAGCCCCGGGAGAGGGGCCCGCUUGAGGCCGGGCCGCCGCUGCUGGGGGCGAGCGGGCGCCCGCGUCCCCUUCUGCGCGGUUUGGCGCCGCCGCCUCGCCUCCUCCUGCGGGGUAACAACACUCCUGGUCUAUAGCUCUACCCACCGUCAGUAGGGCGACUGCCGGGAUUAUCAUCCUCUCCAUCCUUACCGCCGAUCUGGUAAUAUUGGACUUGCUGGUGGCGGCGGCAGCGGCGGCGGCGGCGGGAGUCUCGCUGCCCUCACCCCCACCCAUCCCCUCCACCCCCCGCCCCGCGCCCCAGCUUCCCCACCAUGUCCUAGAAAAGCUAUGGAGACCAAAGGCUACCACAGUCUCCCUGACGGUCUAGAUAUGGAAAGACGGUGGGGUCAAGUUUCUCAGGCUGUGGAACAUUCUUCCCUGGGACCUCCAGAGAGGACUGAUGAGAAUAACUACAUGGAGAUUGUCAACGUAAGCUGUGUUUCCGGUGCUAUUCCAAACAACAGUACUCAAGGAAGCAGCAAAGAAAAACAUGAACUACUCCCUUGCCUUCAGCAAGACAAUAAUCGGUCUGGGAUUUUAACAUCUGAUAUUAAAACUGAGCUGGAGUCUAAGGAACUUUCAGCAACUGUGGCUGAGUCCAUGGGUUUAUACAUGGACUCCGUAAGAGAUGCUGACUACACCUACGAUCAGCAGAACCAGCAAGGAAGCAUGAGUCCAGCAAAGAUUUAUCAAAAUGUUGAACAGCUGGUGAAAUUUUACAAAGAAAAUGGCCAUCAUUCUUCCACUUUAGGCAGUGUGAACAGGCCCUUGAGAUCCUUCAUGCCUGACUCUGGGAGCUCUGUGAAUGGUGGGGUCAUGCGUGCCAUUGUUAGAAGCCCUAUCCUAUGUCAUGAGAAGAGCCCAUCUGUUUGCAGCCCUCUGAACAUGACCUCUUCAGUCUGCAGCCCUGCUGGAAUCAGCUCUGUGUCCUCCACCUCUGCCAGCUUUGGCAGUUUCGCAGUGCACAGCCCUAUCACCCAGGGGACUCCUUUGACAUGCUCCCCUAAUGUUGAAAAUCGAGGCUCCAGGUCGCACAGCCCAGCACACGCCAGCAAUGUGGGCUCUCCUCUCUCAAGUCCAUUAAGUAGCAUGAAAUCCCCAAUAUCCAGCCCUCCGAGUCAUUGCAGCGUAAAAUCUCCGGUCUCCAGUCCUAAUAAUGUCACUCUGCGAUCCUCUGUGUCUAGCCCUGCAAACAUCAACAACUCAAGGUGCUCUGUUUCCAGCCCUUCCAACACAAAUAACAGAUCCACGCUUUCCAGUCCAACUGCUAGCACCAUGGGAUCUACCUGUAGCCCGGUAAACAAUGCCUUCAGCUACGCUGCUUCUGGUGCCCCAGCUGGAUCCAGUGCAGCCCGGGAUGUGGCUCCUAGUCCUGACACACAGGAGAAAGGUGCUCAAGAGGGCCCUUUUCCUAAGAGUGAGGAAGUCGAGAAUGCCAUCUCCAACGGUGUGGCUGGCCAACUUAGCAUUGUCCAGUACAUAAAACCGGAGCCGGAUGGAGCUUUUAGCAGCUCAUGUCUGGGAGGAAAUAGCAAAAUAAAUUCUGAUUCCCCAUUCUCAGUACCAAUAAAACAAGAAUCAACCAAGCAUUCAUGUUCAGGCACGUCUUUUAAAGGGAAUCCAACGGUAAACCCAUUUCCAUUUAUGGAUGGCUCAUAUUUUUCCUUUAUGGAUGAUAAAGACUAUUAUUCUCUAUCAGGAAUCUUAGGACCACCUGUGCCCGGCUUUGAUGGUAACUGUGAAGGCAGUGGAUUCCCAAUGGGUAUUAAACAGGAACCAGAUGAUGGGAGCUAUUAUCCAGAGGCCAGCAUCCCUUCAUCUGCUAUUGUUGGUGUGAAUUCAGGUGGACAGUCCUUUCACUACAGGAUUGGUGCUCAAGGUACAAUAUCUUUAUCACGAUCGGCUAGAGACCAAUCUUUCCAACACCUGAGUUCCUUUCCUCCUGUUAAUACGUUAGUGGAGUCAUGGAAAUCACAUGGUGACCUGUCAUCUAGAAGAAGUGAUGGAUAUCCAGUUCUAGAAUACAUUCCAGAAAAUGUAACAAGCUCUACUUUGCGAAGUAUUUCUACUGGAUCUUCAAGACCUUCCAAAAUAUGUUUGGUGUGUGGGGAUGAGGCUUCAGGAUGUCAUUAUGGGGUGGUAACCUGUGGCAGCUGCAAAGUGUUCUUCAAAAGAGCAGUGGAAGGUAAAUGUUCAUGGCAACACAACUAUUUAUGUGCUGGAAGAAAUGAUUGUAUCAUUGAUAAGAUUCGACGGAAGAAUUGUCCCGCCUGCAGACUUCAGAAAUGUCUUCAAGCUGGAAUGAAUUUAGGAGCGCGAAAGUCCAAGAAGUUGGGCAAGUUGAAAGGUAUUCAUGAGGAACAGUCCCAGCAGCAGCAACCCCCACCCCCGCCUCCCCAGAGCCCCGAGGAAGGGACGACGUACAUCCCUCCCGCAAAAGAGCCCUCAGUCAACACAGCGCUGGUCCCUCAGCUCUCCACGAUCUCACGAGCACUCACACCUUCCCCUGUUAUGAUCCUUGAGAACAUCGAGCCUGAGAUUGUGUAUGCAGGCUAUGACAGCUCAAAACCAGACACCGCCGAGAACCUGCUCUCCACUCUAAACCGCUUAGCAGGCAAACAGAUGAUCCAAGUGGUGAAGUGGGCAAAGGUACUUCCAGGAUUUAGAAACCUGCCUCUUGAGGACCAAAUUACCCUAAUCCAGUAUUCUUGGAUGUGUCUAUCAUCAUUUGCCUUGAGCUGGAGAUCGUACAAACAUACCAACAGCCAAUUUCUCUAUUUUGCGCCAGACCUAGUCUUUAAUGAAGAAAAGAUGCAUCAGUCAGCCAUGUAUGAACUAUGCCAGGGGAUGCAUCAGAUCAGCCUACAGUUCGUUCGACUGCAGCUCACAUUUGAAGAGUACACCAUAAUGAAAGUUUUGCUGCUGCUAAGCACAAUUCCAAAGGAUGGCCUCAAAAGCCAGGCCGCAUUUGAAGAAAUGAGGACAAAUUACAUCAAAGAACUGAGGAAGAUGGUAACUAAGUGUCCCAACAAUUCUGGGCAGAGCUGGCAAAGGUUCUACCAACUGACCAAGCUUCUGGACUCCAUGCAUGACCUGGUGAGCGACUUGCUGGAAUUCUGCUUCUACACCUUCCGGGAGUCCCAGGCCCUGAAGGUGGAGUUCCCCGCGAUGCUGGUGGAGAUCAUCAGCGACCAACUGCCGAAGGUGGAGUCCGGGAACGCCAAGCCCCUUUACUUUCACAGGAAGUGACGGAGGACAUCUCACCAGGAGAGUUUUGCCUUAAGUUUCCCCAUGCUGUUCUACACCCACGAAGGACCCAAGAAAUCCGGUUUUUCACAUGUGAUGGCUGAUUCCUACUUGUUCAGCAGUUUCUCAAGUUUAAAAUUAUGUCAAGGGUUUGGAGCCGGGAAAGCAGUGUGACAUGGAUUUGGCAAGACCUGAGCAGUCGGAAGGAUUCUUCCCUCUCCGCUCCCCAGCGCUUAGAAACACGUUCCUGUUCCUCUGGAUGAAAAGCCAUAUCUAGUCAAUAACUCUCUGAUUUUGAUAUUUUAACAGAUGGAAGUUUUAACUAUGCCAUGUAGUUUCUGGUAUCGUUCGCUUGUUUUAAAAGGGUUCAAGGACUAACGAACUUUUUAGAGCUUACCCUCGGUUGCACAUAAAACGUAUAGUCAAUAUGGGGCAUUAAUAUUCUUUUGUUAUUUAAAAAACACACACAAAAAAUUAAAAAUAUAUACAGAUUCCUGUUGUGUAAUAACAGAGCACGUGGAGGGGAACAGCAGCCCCCCCGGGGGUUCCUGUCCGCACACGGGCUUCUGCAUCACUGGUAUACACACCCUUAGCGUCCAUUUAUUAUUUAAUUAGAACAGAUAAGAUGUUAAACAAAUGCCUUGGUUUCAAUUUCUAGUAUCUAUUGUGUUGGCUUUACAAAUAAUUUUUUGCAGUCUUUUGCUGUGCUGUACAUUACUGUAUGUAUAAAUUGUGAAGGACCUGAACUAAGGUGUAAGGAACUUUUGUAAAUGAGACACAUACAAAAACAAACAAACAAAAAAAACAAAACACACACACAAAAAAACUUUAAUGGUUGAUAGGAUGAAGGGGAAAGUAUUUUUGAAAGAAUUCUAUUUUGCUGGAGACUAUUUAAGUACUAUCUUUGUCUAAACAAGGUAAAAAUUUUUUUUGUAAAGUGAAAUGUUCUGCAUGCAUAAUGAACCGUUUACAGUGUAUUUAAGAAAGGGAAAGCUGUGCCUUUUUUAGCUUCAUAUCUAAUUUACCAUUUUACAGUCUCUGUUGUAAAUAACCACACUUAAACCUCUUUGGUUGUCUUUCAGCCUUUCUACUUUUUCUGUACUUUCGUUUUGUCUUUGGUCUCCCGCUGGGGGUGUUCCUGGGACUUGAGCAGGUUCCCUGGCUUCUGCUCUGUCCUGCGUCUGUCGGGGAACAACGGGCUGUGGUGUCUGCAGCUCCUCGAAAGGGUCUUUUGGCAACACAUGUGAGCGAAGGUCCUGCGGGGGCUGCAGCUGUAGGAGAGCGGCCUCUUCUGCUGCUUUUCUCCUGAGGCAGCAUCUGCUCUAGGAGCACGAGGCCGGAAGUGCGAUGGCCCAGAGAGCACAGUCUCGUCCCAUUUUAGAAAACGGCAUUUUCUCCUUCGGGAAAGGAAAUUCCAGGCACUCUCUCUAUCUGUAGAAGGUGGCGUGUUCAUUUCUGGUCUGGGAAAGAGGUUUUGCGCUCUCAGAACUGGUAAGGGGGACACGUAAGCUGCCGCAGGACGUACCAGGAAAGAUGCAUUUUGGCACAUUUCAGUCAGAAUGGCGUGGAGACCAUAUGAUAAUUGGAGGGUUUUUAGAUUUUUAAAAGGUAGGUUUUAAAAAUUUUAUACAUAAACAGUUUUGGAAAAAAAAAAACUACAGAUCAUAUAAGCAAGACAGUGGCACUAAAAUUUUUAAUUCAUUAAUCUGUUUGGCACUGAUGCAAUUUAUGGCUUUUCUCUUGCCCCAAAUCACAAACCUAUCUUUGGGGAAGCUUCACAAUAUGAUUGCACUUAAACAAACGACUUUGACUAGAGGCCAAAUUAAUCUUUUUAAAAGUAAUGAUAAUCAUCAGGUACUCAGUGAAAUCCCAUUAUUUUCCAGAACCUAAAAGCUGUCGCUGGAGAAGCCCUAGGCCAGGAGAAGGCAGCAUUGGGAUCCAUACUCUUCUCUAGGGUUCACCAUGCAGGCAACAUUACCUUGUCUUUCAGAAGACACCUGCCUUAUGCAAGGGGGAACCAGUGAAAGCUGCAUUCAGAGGGAGGAGUUUUUCUUACAUAAUUUGCAAUUUCAGUAAUUUAAUUUAUAGGCAGAUCUUUAAAUACAGUCAACUUACAUGCACAGCAAUAUGAAAGCCACACUUGGAGGGUGAUAAAUACACAGCAUGCAGACUGGGAGUUCCGAGAAAAGACACGGCUUACAAGAGCAGCUUUUAGCUCAGACUUACGUUUUAUGAAAUUGGAAUUUCAGUGUAACCAGGUUUGGGAUGGAGACAGUCUGCAUCAGCUUUUUGUAUUAACAAAGUUACUGGCUCUUUAUGUGUCUCCAGGUAACUUUGCUUGAUUAAACAGCAAAGCCAUAUUCUAAAUUCACUGUUGAAUGCCUGUCCCAGUCCAAAUUGUCUGUCUGCUCUUAUUUUUGUACCAUAUUGCUCUUAAAAAUCUUGGUUUGGUACAAUUCAUAUUUCACCAAAACUUCUUCAUAUAAUUAAAAAACACUAAAUUAGUUUAAAAUGAAGCAAUUUAUAUCUUUAUGCAAAAACAUAUGUCUGUCUUUGCAAAGGACUGUAAGCAGAUUACAAUAAAUCCUUUACUUUAAUCAUC